AUGAAAGGCUGUCAGAGACAUGAGGAGCUUCAUGGGACAUCGGUGUUCUGCUUCGAACAUCCUUGGGUAUUCAGGAAGCUGAGAUGCAUGGAUGGGAGAAAUUGGGAUAGUUUCACGGUGACACCUGUGUAUCUUUUCCGAUUCUCGUCGUCCCCUUCUUGCCUAGCCGGUUCUAGCCUGGCCCAGAUGCUCACCGCAGAACGUCAGACAUUGUCUCGUUUCCGUCAGCUCGACGGCUUGUUUAGCAUCCAGUUGUCGAAAGUUGAUGGCCUCGGAGAUGAGGAUAAUUUCGUCGGACAUAUCACGGAUCCUCGCGCUCUCGCGCUCUCGCUCUCGGAGCGGCGGCUCACGUCUACAUCCCCGAUAUUCGACUUCCCCAGCUCGGACCUCUUACAAGGCCUCGGAAAUAUCAAUCUGGAUGGAACGUGGACAAAUAUGGAUGUGUUGUAUGCUGCGUUUGUGCUUUUUUGGUUAACACAGACGAACAUUAUCGUUCCUAUUCAAACCACGCGAGGGUACCAUUCGUCGCUCAUUAUGUUGAUUUCGUUUUGUGAGUCAAAACUGGGCCUACGGAAUACUGGGAUCUACGGGGAUGGCGUGCACGCUUGCCAAAAUGAGGGGGAUAAUGAAGUCCAAGCCCAUCAAGUCACCACGGACUUGAUCACCUGGACACCUUACAACGAGUCCUACAAAGACGAUUACAUCCAGUCAAAGCUCCUUCGUAAAUCGGCUUGCGCAACGGCAAUCUUCGGUCUUACUUCGAUACGACCAACGGACUGA